GCUACUAAGUGGUGACCUCCAAAAGGUUCAGACACAGAAAGCACUGUUCUUGUAUUAAGAUGGCCACCUCUAAAGAAAAGGAUGAAUCUUUCAGAGCAUCAGAGAGGUCUGCAGCACAAGUGGCAGUAUUUUCUCAAGAUAGAGGAAAGAACAGUAAGCUUGGACCGGAAGAAAGACGAGUCAUUCUUAUUGGAAAAAUAGGAGCAGGUAAAAGUCAUACCGGAAACGGAUUAUUAGGAAAACAGCAUUUUGUCAGUAAAAGAUGUUGGUCAUCUGUCACAAGGAGGUGUGAAUAUGGUGUAGGGAUCAGAAAUGGCUUUCUGUAUCGAAUAUAUGAUACACCAGGAAUGAGUUCACCCAAAGAUGCGGGAAUAGAUGUAGAAUCAGAUAUCAGACGAUGUUUGUUUUGCACGUCUCCAGGAUUCCACGCCAUUGUUUUGGUUUUGUCCGCAGCGGAGCGGAUAACAGCGGAAGAUAUGAAAAUGCUGGAACUUCUGGAUAAAUUAUUAGAAGAAAGUGCAUUUAAGUAUAUGAUCCUUGUUAUUUCAAAGCUAGAAAAUGACGAAAGUCAGCUAACGGAAAUGAUGUCAGAAGCCAAAGAAGUUGUUGAAUUGAACGUAAAAUGCAGUGGUAGACAUGUCAUAUUUGGAGACAGCAAAAAGAAAAUACCUUCUGAAUGUGUUCUAAAGUUUGACGAUAUGCUUACAAAUCUAAUCAAGGAAAAUUCUAGACGGGGAAAAGAACAUUACACACAUAAGUACUAUGACAAAGCAACCAAAAUUCUUGAAAAAGAUAAAAAAGAUUACAUGAAAGAAAAUCCAGAAAUACCAGAAGGUGAAGCAAUGGAAAUAGUGAGAAAUAGGGCGGCUGAGGGCUUGUCUCCGCGGGAUGGGGAAUUAAAAGCUAUAGAUGACUGUUGUAUUAUUUCAUAAAUUAUGUGAUUUAUAAAAUUGUUUCUUUCUUUAAGAGCUUAUUGAAUUUAAGCGUGGAUAAUGUAAGUAACAUUAUAAUGUUGAUAAGACACUGACAAACAGUAACUGAAGAAGUAGAUUCAAGCUGCUCUGUGUUUCUGUUAGUUUCCGUAAAGAAGGAUAUAUUGAGCAUUUCUAAAAAAGACAAAGUCUAUAAAAGUUA